UAUGACCCAUCCACAAAUAGCAUAUAGAUAUCGCCCCCUUUAGUUAGCACUUAUCAUUGAAUUUGCAGCUAAUAAUUUCACAUUCUUUGAUAAUACCAAAAUAAUUAACCUCUUGCAAUUUGGUUGAAGCAUAUUUUAGUUCAUGUUUUGAAUGCAAAUCGAAAAGUUUUAAAAAGUGAUCAAUUCAUAAAAGCUAGUGCUGUUAAAAAAUAUAAGCUCUAUAAUAAAAAUGUUUUUUUAUGGAAAUCAUGAUGAAGAAACUGCCGUGGACGGCCUGCAGCAGUGGUUUGAAGAAAACCCAAAGCUACCGAAUAAGAUAGAUCGCAACUUGCUGUGGCGCUUUUAUAAACGUUCGUCCAAAGAUGUUGAGGAGACUAAGAAGUUGGUGGAAACCUUUUACUCGUUGCGGCUAAAAAAUCCACGGCUUUUCAUCAAUCGCGAUCCAUGUGAUGUCGAUACGGAAAAUAUGUAUAAAUAUCUACACAUUGUCCCCCUGAGCAGGUUGACUCCGGAGAAUUAUCACGUCACCUGUGUUCAAUUUCAUAAAUUGGAUAGCAAAUUGAUACACUUUACGGAGGAUAUUAAAACCUUUAUUAUGAUUCAAGAUUGCCACUUCAUGGAGCCGGAUGUGAAAUUAGACAAAACAGCCGCCAUUCUGUCGGAUGGUGAAGUUGUCAUCAUGGAUAUGCGGGGCGUCACCAUGAAGCAAGUUACUACCUUGAUAAUAAGUACCAUGAGUGUAUUUGUCAAAUAUAUUAACCAGGCCUAUCCGAAUCGCCUGCGGGCGGUUCAUAUGAUUAAUUGUCCUUCGUAUCUUGAUAAAGUGUUGGCCUUUCUAAAACCAUUUAUGAACAGGGAGUUGUACGACAUGAUGAAAUGCCACACCAAAGGUCUUGAAAGUCUAUACGAAUGUAUACCAAAGGACAUGCUGCCAGAGGAGUAUGGAGGCAAUGCCGGUGGCAUGGCGGAAUUAAGUUUGGCAUAUAGGGACUAUGUUGUGAAAAUGAGACCUCUUCUAAUGGACCCGGAUUACUGGACGGUACAAACAUCGUCGGAAGGUCAAUGUUAACGAAAUUAUCGUGAAUUAUAAUAACACAAUCAUCAAUCAAUCAUAAAUUAAAAACUUACAAUAAAAAAAUUAAAUUUUCCAGCGGAACAUGUCAU